ACCAGCAGCAUCCAAACAGAUUACAAACCUUGAGAUUUGAACCUCACCAACCAGGAAAACACAAUAAGAGCCAUGAGUACAGCUGCCGUCCAGCAAAACCGGCCUUUUAGCAGAGCCGUCAGAAAGAUCAAGGUGGCUUCAACAGUGAACAGCCUCGCCAAAAGCUGGCAAAGUUGGGCGAACAAAAACACAGAAAAGCAAGACAUGAUCCCGAGUGGAUGGAUGCCCGACACCAUCCUUGAGGACACGAAAGACAAGCAGAAGGAAAAGAGUGAGAUGAAACUCUUGGUUACUCCUCGUGUGGUUUCGGUGAAUAGCGAAGUUGGUGCGGACGACCAGAUCAAGACAGUGACCGUGACUAAAGGCAUCACGCCAAAAUGUACUGAAUAUGGAAAAGACCUAGUGAACAUCAUCAAGGAGAAGAUCAACACCAAUCAGCUAACAUCAGAGGACACCAAAAACUUUCUUGGCAAUGAAUCUCCCACCAGGAGACGCUACUGUGGUGGGAAAGCUGGAACUUUGGUGAAGACGCUGGGAUCCCGAAGUAGUGGUUCAGAUGCUGAGGACAGUGGUCUUGGGGAGGAAGUGUCUCUAAGCGACAACAGUGAUCAGAAUGAGAGUGAACCGAAGAAACAUGUCAACAGACAAAAGAUUAAAAUAACUACGAUGAAUGACUUGAGGAGCAAGUGGCAGCGGUUCGCUGAAGACCACAUUGAAGGCCAGAAGCUCAACCCUUUCAGUGAAGAGUUUGACUAUGAACAUGCCAUGGCUAUUCGACUCCAAAAGGGCGACGCGGGAUACGGACAGCCCAAAGAUGGAUCCAAAACAGCCCAACGCGCCGAUCGGGCUCAAAAACACAUCCACCGUGAGAUGGAGGAGAUGUGUUUUAUCAUACGCAGCAUGGGCCAGCGGGAUAAAGAGGGACGAAUCUACGUCACCUUCGGCCGCCUGUUUGACCGCUACGUUAAGAUCUCUGAUAAAGUUGUGGGAAUUUUGUUACGCUGUCGCAAACACAAGAUGGUGGACUUUGAGGGCGAGAUGCUCUGGAAGGGCCAGGAUGAUGACAUUAUAAUCACAUUACUAGAAUAAUGUCCCAGAAAGCUGUUAAUGCUGCAUUCAAGUCCUCCUGGGAAGUUUGUACUUAUGAGUUAACAAGUUGUAAUUAUAUUCUUAGGUGCUAUCAAGUCACUUUGGUCGGAACACGAUGGCGAUUCAACUUUUCUACAUAAAGUUCAAUGUUUUUGGUUUUUUUUUUAUCUACAUCUACAAAAUGAUGAAUAGGGUGCAUCAUUGUUUUUGAUUUUUUUCUGUUUUUAUUCAAUAUAGGAUGUUGAUGGAAUUAUUAUGCAUUCUUUGGUAAUUAUAGAAUAACAUAAUGUUUUGGAUAUGUAGCUUAUGUAGUUUAAUUGUACAUGACAAAAUGUUUUUUUUUUAUUAAUUUCAAAUUUACUGCCAAUACAGAUACUUUGACAUGCUCCAAAUUCAGAGUUUCCCACUCGUAAUAACGACUUGUAAAUAUGAUCUAACUGACAUGACCUGAAUGCACCAUAAGUUGCAAUGUUAAAAAGUAACUAGUUAUUUCUUGAACUUUAUUUUUCUCAGUAUCUCAGCUGUUUUCAAAAUACUGUUAUAUUUGCACUAAAAACCUACUUUUUCAAACAAG